CGCCCAGCUCUGUGGGGACAGCUGAGCCCCAGCCAGCCCUGGUCCCCCCUAACUUGCAGCUCUUGUGUAGGAGCUCAGAGCAUUCCCUCACUCUCAUAACCACUCCCUCCCAAAACAGGGGUCCCCGCCCCCUGACCCUAGCAGAUCUCUAACGUCUCCUCAGGGCCGAAGCUUGGGCAGCCUGUCACUAACAGCCCAGAGCCUCUAACCACCCCCAGGGGUGAGGAUCAACCUCCCCUAACUUCUAACUGCUCCCAGGGCCAGGGGACCUCCACAUUUCUAACUGUCCCAGGACAGGGUCCCCAGGGCCCCCACACUCUCUACUACUCUCAGGAGCCUGUGGCCAAGUAGACAAAAAUCUAACCUACCCUGGGUGGGGUGGGGGCCCUCCAAACAUAACUCACCCAGUUGGGGGUCUGAGCCUGAAGGCCUCCCACCUCUCUGCCUUCAACUCCCAAAGUGGGUACCUUAGCCACCUUCACUCAGGACCCACUUCUCACGUGGGAAUAGGCAGAUGAUGUUGCUUAUUGGAGACAAAUUAAAAACCAAAAAUUAACAAUCGGCUGUCUGGCCUGGCUGUUCCUUUCUGUGGGCACACAGGGAAGCAGCUGGAAGAAGUGGGGGGAGAUCUCUGGCUACUAAGGAAACCAGAACACGUACAGGCUCUUUCUUGUGAGACACAAACGAGGGGUGCUGAGAAGAGAGUCCAGGGCAGGUGGGAGCCUCAUGACUCUUCUCGCUGGACUUCUGGCCUGCCCAGGUCCCUUCCUCCAAAGCCCUGUCCCCUAAGGCCUGAGUCCCCGGAAAGAAGGAGGAAGGUUGAUUUCAGAUACCACCCCCGCCCCGCCUCUUCCCCUGGUCUGUUCAGCUUCCUCUCUGUGAGGAACUUUCACUUCCUGCUCCUCCAGGACUCCCCUCCGUGAACAGGUAGGGGCCCCCAGGGACCGAGCAGCUGGCAGUGUCACCCCCUACUGCCUCCUUUGGUAUCAGGGAGCUGCCCCAUCGUGCCCUGCCCGGCACCGCCCACCUCUUCCUCCCCCUCUCAUGGGACCCAGAGGCCAGACCAUGGCUCGCUGGCCUCCUGCAUCCUGAGUAUGGCCCAGCCAGAGGACAACGCCUUGGCAGGCCACACCGACAGGGAUAGAUUGGUCCCAUCACAGGAGAAUGGAGCCAGCGAGACCUGCUUAGGGGUCCUCGGGGCCCCAGAGCCACUCCAUCGCCUGCAGAGGACAUGGGGGGUGUGGCAAAUCCCAGAGCUGGAUGCUCAGGGCGCAGAAGCCCUUCUGGAGCUGUGGCCACCGGGGAGUUUCCUGGUCACAGGACAUGACCCCAGCCAAGUCCUGGUGUUGAGGACAGGACCUUCACCAGGGGAAGUCAAUACCUACCAGAUUCAGAAGGUUCCUGGAGGUAUGUCUCUAGAAUCUUCUAAGCUCUGCAUGCCAGACCUGCCCCAUCUCCUGGCCUUCCUAUCAGCCAGCAGGGACAUUUUGCCCAGAACGCUGCUCUUGCCCCCUCCCACUCUAGUGCCUGGGGAACACACAGAUCCUGCAGAUUGGCAGUGUCCACUUAACACCUCAGGUAGAGUGCACUCCAUGGAGAACAAGCUGUACCUGGAAACCCACAGAGGGUGGGUGAUGGAACAGACCUCCCCAGAGACACCUCCAGUGACUGCCAAGAAACAUGAUCCAGCCCCCAGGAACUCUGGCCCUCACCAGGUCUCCUGGGUGGAAGGCCCACUCAGCCCGGAAGUACACCAUCCUGGGCCAGCUCUCGCCAACUUGGUAGAGGAAGAACAGGAGGAGGACGAGGAGGAGGAGGAUUAUGGCUGCAAAGAUGAAGAGGAAGGACCUGAGGACAUGCUUACUCGUCAUGUCCAAGCUCUGGCCAGAGCCCGGAGCAGCUAUGUGGCCAGGCAGCUCAGAGACCUUCAGGCGCGCCUCACUUCAGAUGCUGGGGGCCACCAUAAGCCUGGGGACCCAGCCACAGAGCUGCUUCAGGAUGUGCGGCACCUUCUUACUGACCUCCAGGAUCAUUUAGCAAAGGACCCUGAUGUCAGGGCCGUCUUCAGGAGCAGGGGGCCUGGGGUACCCCAGAAGGAGGAGGAUCUUGGCUCCAGGGUGGAGGCGGCCUUGUGCCGGGUGGUACUGGCGCCGCUGAAGCCCGCCCUGUGGAAGCGACUCCGCACACUCCGUGCUCCAGAGCUGCGGCGACUGCGGCGGAGACAAAUAGCCCUGCGGGUGGGGGCGGGGCCUGAGAGACAGGGCCCCGCCCCCACCCGGCGGAGCCGCAUCCACGCGCGCCUCGCGCACCUCCACGCUGCUUGCGCCCCACGCCGCAAAGUGGCACUGCUGCUGGCGGUGUGCAGUGACGUCUACGCUGGCCUGGCUCCAGGCAAGAACCAAGAGCCCUUGGGGGCCGACGCCUUCCUGCCAGCUCUGACGGAGGAACUCAUCUGGAGUCCAGACAUUGGGGAGACGCAGCUGGACGUGGAGUUUCUUAUGGAGCUUUUGGAUCCGGAAGAGCUACUGGGAGAAGCCGGGUACUACCUGACCACGUGGUUUGGGGCGCUGCACCACAUUGCCCACUACCAGCCCGAUGCGGAACGCGCGCCCCAGGGACUCAGCUCCGAGGCCCGUGCCUCCCUUCGACAGUGGCACAGCAGGCGGACGCUACACCGACAGGACCGCACCGGAACCCAGGUGACCAUCCAUCAGACUGCCAGUAGAAGGGUGGGCUGGCCCUGUUGCCUUUCUGCCCCAGACUCUUGCCUCUCCCCACAGGCCGAUCUGCCCUUUGAGAAACCAUGGGCAAUAGAGACUGUGCCGCGAGACCGAUGAUGAAUAGGGGUCUCAAACCUUUCUGGUCCUCAAGCAAGAUGCAGAGGCACCUGGGACAGCACCAACUUCUGCCCACUGUGGUUUAGGGGCAGCAAGGAGGAGGUCCAAUAAGGAGGGAAUGGCAGUGGCUGUCUCUGCUUCCUAAAAUGCCCUUCCCUAAUAUCCUGCCUUCAGAUCUUUAGGCAGAUGCCAGUCUCCGUGAGGCUCUCCCAGACACCCCUAUCUAAAACUAUAAGUCCUCUCUGGGGUAGGCAGAACAAUGCCACACACACACACACACCCUCUGCCAUGUCCACUUCCGAAUCCCCAGAAUCUGUGAAUAUGUUACCUUACAUGGUAAAAGAGACUUUACAGAUGUGAUUAAACUAAGGAUCUUAAGAUGGAGAGGUUUUCCUGGAUUCUGGUGGGCCCAGUAUAAUCACAAGUGUCUUUAAUAAGAGGGAGGCGGGGGUCAGAGUCAGAGGAAGAGACGUGAUGAGGCAAGCUGAGGCUGGCAGGAUGGCCAGGAGCCAAAGAAUGCAGGCGCCCUCUAGGAGCUGAAAAAGACAAGGAAUGGAUUUUUCCCUGGAACCUCCAGCAGAAACUCAGCCUUUGAUUUUCAGAUCCCUAAGAUCUAAUUUGGACUUCUGACCUUCAAAACUGCAAGAUACUGUGCUGGUUGUUUUAAGCCACUAAGUUUGUUACAGCAGCAAUGGGAAACGAAUACACUCCCUUACCAUCAUUUCUAUUUCAUUCCAUAGAAAUGAUCACUUCCUAACACACCAUUACUUACUUAUUGUUAUUUUUCACUUAUUUAUUGUUAAUUGUCCAUAUCUUCUCCUUUCCCCAGAAUAGCACUACCAAUAAGAAUGCAAUGCAAACUACACAAGUAUUUCUAACUAUUCUACAUUUAAAAAAACUAAAAACAAAUGAAAUUAAUGCAUUUAAUUUAACCCAAUAUAUCCUAAGUAGUAUCACUUUAACAUGUAAUCAAUAUUUUUAAAUUAUGCAGAUAUUUAAUAUUCUUUUGUGUGUAUGCUAAAUCUUCAAAAUUCACUGUGUAUUUUACGUAUACUUCAUCACAUCUCAAUUUGGACUACGCACCGUUCAAGUGCUCAAUAGCCACACAGGACUUGUAGCUACCAUUUUGGACAAUGCAGCCUUUGAAUGUCAGCUCCAGAAGGCUAGAGAUCUCUAUUUUGUUCAUAGCUGUAUCCUCAAUGCCUAGACACAUGCAUGGCACACAGUAGGUGUUCAAUAAAUGCUUACUAAAUGAGUCAAUGAACAAAGUCUCUGUGUUGGCUGACAAGGGCUUCCCAAAAGAUAUCCAUGUCCUAAUCUCUGGAAUCCAUAAUUAUUACCUUAUUUGGAAAAGGGUCUUUGCAGAUGUUAUUAAAGAUCUCAAAAUAGGGAAAUUAUCCUGGAUUAUCCAGGGAGGCUCUAC